AGCAGGAAUUCGAACGGGUCGGAGGACCCCGCCCCAAGGCGAUGCAGGUGGAUUCGCCCAAGUACGAUGUGAUCGUGGUUGGGGCAGGUCUUGCAGGUUUAUCGGCUGCUAGGGAGUUACUGAAGAGAGAACCUGCACUGAAGAUUCUCGUGUUGGAAGCUAAGAACAGGGUUGGUGGAAGAACCCUGACCGUACCCAUGAAAGCAGCUGGAGGCAAAACGCACGUUGACGUUGGGGCUUCUUGGGUAUCUCGUGACCAGAAGCAUAUGCUCGAACUUGUUAACGACUUCCAUCUGAAGACAUCUUCUCAAUACUGCGAUGGAGUAGCUUGGUGUCAGUUUGGUGUAUCAAAACCAAAGCGAUACGGUUCCUCGAAACUCAUAAGGCAGGUUCCUUUGAAAGAUGCUUUUGAUGUGUGGUGGAACAUGAGAAAGAUGGACAAACUUGCACAGAAAGUGAACUUGAGCGAUUUAUUCAGCUGGGACUUGGCAGCGAAAUUGGACGAGACCUCAGUAGCACAAUGGAUAAGACAAAAUGCAUGGGGUCGAUCUGCGCAAGAUAUUCUGGAAAUCACAAUCAGAGCUUUAUACGGGGUCGAGCCGAACAGAGUAAACAUGCUUUAUCAUCUGGCCGUGUGCAAGUCUGCUGGUUCGCUUACCAAGCUUCUAAGCGGUGAUGACGAUGGUGCCUUGGCACUGCGUGUUGAGGGAGGAACCAAUCAGAUUGCGAGUCGACUAGCUGAGGAAAUUGGCUCUAGUCGUAUUCGACUGAAGCAGGCAGUUCAUCGUAUAGAAGUCGAUGAAGCUAAUGGAUUGACCCGUUUACACUACACCUCCCCAGAAACCUCACAAAAGAGUGUACUUGCUUGCUCACAGGUCAUAUUAGCGAUACCUCCAAAUCAGUGUGCUCGGAUUGAUUUUUGGCCUAUUUUACCUUACCUCAAGCGUCGAGCAUUUGAAGCUGGAGUUACUGGAAACACCAUUAAGUUUGUGAUUACUUAUGAGACAGCGUUUUGGAGAGAAGAAGGAUGGUCUGGAGAGAUAAUCAGCAGUGGCAGGACAACGAAGCGAGGAGAGGUCUUACCUGUGAUCUGCGCUUACGAUUACUGUAGUAAUACACGAACACCCGCUAUAGUCGGCAUGAUUAGCGAAGAAUACGCAGAUUUGGCCAAAUCCGAUCGAUGUAACGUGGUAGUGCAGGAUCUGAUGCGGUUCUUUGGCGAUCAUGCCAUGCUUAAAUUUAUUGAUUACCAGGAAAAGGAUUGGAGUCUAGACUUGUUUGGAGGCGGUGGUUCUAGUGUGGUUAUGCCUUGUGGGACAAUGUAUUCAUGGCAGUUUCUCAAAGAUCCUUUUCUAACAAUACAUUUUGCCGGGUCAGAAACAGCCAAUCACUGGAUCGGAUAUAUGGAAGGUGCUAUAGAAAGUGGGUUGCGAAGUGCGCACGAAGUUUUGCAACAGCUCGGUUAUUAUGAUAGUGUGUCAUACACAAUUUUGAAAGGAACGGUGUAUGAUAACGAUUACCGCCCACCACAAGCGUACACGACUUACUACAGAGAAAAGAAAAGACCAUGGUUGCGGCGACUGUUUUUCUUUAGUGCACUAUGUCUCGGAAUUUUUGCGCUCAGCAAGAAGUACAGACUUUCAUACACAGCACGUGUUAUAAGGCCUUUAGAGAAAUAUAUGGUCAGAUACACUACUGGCUUGAAUUGGCCAUGACAAAGCAUAAAUCAGGAUUUAAUUUAGUUCAUCAGUUUGUUUAGUUUGGAAUAAAUAUUUGCUUAUUUA